GCCGCUGUGUCCACGUCAAACCUGACAACUCUCGCCGCAACCCAGCGAGCUGAUAAUGGCUGCAGUUGAGGUGGCACUUUACGGGCUCUGUGUUGUUCCAGAAGGCUACAACUGUAGAAAACCCGGGUCCCGGUGACCGCAGACCACCCAGGCUUCAAAGUAAAUCUGUCCGCGGAGGUAUUACCAGUCCGACGGGGAUAUGAAGUCAGUUAGCUCCCUUGUCUUCAUAAAUUCCUUCAGGGAGCCGAUCAGCUGUUAUUAGCCGGUGCUAAAUGAGCUUUAAAGCUGACUUUUGUUAGGAAGAACAGGCUUUUUAUCAGUAAGUUAACUGCGUCGCUGCGGUUUAGAGUUUAGCUUUCGAGCUGGAUGACCAAGCUGAAACCACCUCGGUGUGAUUCAAAGCUAGGCUAACCCCCUGUUUUUUUUUUUUUUUAGCCCUGCUUUGUUUGUGUUUUUUAUCCUUCCUCUCAAGAUGUCAUCGUGGCUGGGUGGAUUGGGCUCCGGCCUUGGUCAGUCCCUUGGCCAGGUCAGUGGGAGCCUGUCAACUUUCACUGGACAGAUCUCCAACUUCACCAAAGAUAUGCUACUAGAAGGGGUGGAAGAAGUUGGAGAUGCAGCCACAGAACUGCAGGUGUCCAAUUCCAAGUUGGCUGAAGUCGAAGCUGCACAUGCCACACAGAAAUCUGAGUAUGACAGAUUAAAGAAACUCCAUGCAGAGCUUGAGGAGAAGCUGGAAGCAUCAGAGAUCCAGAUUAAACGACAGUCUGCAGAGUACAGAAUCCUUCUACAACAGAAAGAUGUGGAGAUCAGUCACCUGAAAGCUCGCCAGAAUGGACUUCAGGAAGAAGUUCAGAAGCUGCAGCAGUCGGCCCAGUCUGCUUCUGUUGGCCCUGCUGUGCUACCUGUCGCCACAACCUCCUCAACCACUACCUCCUCUUCUUCUACUUUCCUGUCUCGGCCCUCAGGGUCCCACCAGGGCUUCCAUGGGGACGAGAUGGACCUGAGUGAUGUUUUAUGGUCACAGCAGGAGAUCAACAGACUGUCAACAGAAGUGAUGCGUCUGGAGGCAGAGGUGGCCCACUGGAGGAGAAUGUCUCAGACAUCGACAGCAGCUGGAGGUGGUAAUGGUGAUCAGGGUGAGAUUCUCAAACUUCAAAGAACUAUUAAGGAGCUACGAGAGGAGAUGAGUCGUGAGGUGGAUGAACACCAGCAUGAACUGGCUGCUCUGCAAGAUGCCCAGCGGCAGAAGAUGGCUGACAUCACCCGGCGGCACAGAGAAGAGCUGGCAGAGUAUGAGGAGAGGAUAGAGGAGCUGGAGGAACAGAAUCAGAGUGGUGGUGGUCAGGUCAGUUCUGCUCCAGAUGCCUCAAAGCUGCUCGAACUUCAGAAAACCAUCCGUUCCCUUGAGGAAACAGCAGAGCAGCGGGAGAAACAGGUGUCCGAGUUGUCUGCCAGCCUGGAGGAGGCUGAGAGGAAACUGGCCUCGCUGCAGCUGGAGAAAGACGACGCCCAGGAAGAAAACACCGGGCUGCUGGAGAACUAUACACGGCUGCAGGCGUCUGUCACCGAGCUCCAAACCCGAGUACAAGAGCAGGAGGGGAAGAGUCUGCAGAAAGCCCAGUUGGACCAUGAGAUCCAAGUGUUAAGAAAAAACCUUGCUGCUGCCGAGAAAGAAAUUGAACAACUGAAAGAGUUGGCUGAGACAAAACCACAGGAAGAAGUGGAGCAUGCUGACAUCUUAGAGCUGAACACCAUUAUUGGGACUUUGAGACAAGAAAAGGACAUCCUUGAACAAGAAAAGCUUGAGCUGCAAGAGAAACUUAAAGUUGCAGAGGAACAGGUAAUAAGCCAUAAAGCAGCAGAGUCUGGUGAGUCAGAAGCAGUGGAGGAUCUGAAAGCAGAGCUGGAGAGAAGAGAAAAGGCAUUGAAGGCCACCAUGGAGGAACGGGACACCCUGAUGUCUGAGCUGGAAGAACUAGAUCAGCAAAACCAAGAAGCAACACAGCAUAUGAUCUCGGUGAAGGAUCAGCUCUCCAGCCAACUGAAGGACACUGAGGCACAGCUCAUAAAACUGACUGCAGAACUCAAUGCAACCAAAGAUCAGAAAAAGACAUUGGAGCAGGAGCUGGAGACCCAAAAAGACAAAAUUAGCCAGAGUGCUUUCACUCUCAAUGAUCUGCAUAUGGGAAAACAGCAGCUGGAACAUACAGUUAAAGAACUGAAAGAUAAACUCAGACAGGCACAGGAGCAGAACAAGGAGGCACGUGGAGAAGUGUCAUCACUCAAAAAGACCCUAAAACAAAGAGAUGAGGAGCUGUCUGCUGCUAAAGUGCACUUGGAAAAGGCAGGUGACAGAAAAGCUGAAGAGCAGGGAACCAAAGAGGAGCUAGCAGGGAGGGAAAAGGAGAUAUCAGAUCUCAGGAGACAACUAGAUGAGACGAAGAGCUCUCAUGAAAAGGUGUUAUCAGAGGACUAUGAGUUGAAGAUGGAGAACAGGAAACUGAAGAUGGAGAAUGAGGAGACUUUGGGUAAAGUUGAGGAGCUAAACAGGCAGAUGAUGGAAAGUCAGAUGGCUCUCAACAGGACCGUCAGGGAAAAGGAGACGCGUAUCGAAGCUCUCAAGCUAGAGAAAAGUCAGUUGGAGGGAGAACUCCAGCAGGUUGAGAAGACACUAACAGAACAGGGAAAACAGUACCAGCAGACAAUUGACGAUCUGACUCGAGCCCGCUCCAUGGAUGCCUCCGCUUUGCAGAUGGAGCAUGAGCGUGCCAUCAAACUCAACCAGGAGAAGGACAUGGAAAUAGCUCAGCUGAAGAGAGACAAUGAGCAGUUGGCAUCUGACCACAGAGAUACUAAUGAAAUGCUUUCAAUCACAGUGUCAGGGCAGAAGCAGCUGACAGAUUUGCUCCAAGAAAAAGAUGCUUUCAUGGAAACUUUAAAGCAAAACGCUGCAGACAUGCAAAUUGAGAUGGAAAACAGUAUCUCAGCUGCAACCAAGGAAGCUGAAACUCUCAGACAUGCAUUGGAGGAUAAGGAAAAACAGCUGGGAGGCAUGAAGGAGGAGAACAGCCAUUUGAAAGAGGAGAUUGAUCGGCUCAGGGAUCAGCAGAGCAGACCUCAACCUCUGGCUGAACCCAGGACUUUGGACAUUAUUACAGAGCUGGAGACAGAGAUCACUCAGCUCAAAUCUUCCAGAAAUGGCCUGGAAGAAGAGAUUCAGUCUCUGAGAAGAACUAUAGAGGAACAGCAGGCUUCCCUCCUUCUAUCCCAGCAAUCCCUCCAGGUUCAGCAGAGUGAACUUCAGCAGUCUACACUUAACCAUGACAGACUUAUCCAAGCCAGAGAUGAAGAGAUAGCACGCCUUCAAGAAACAGUCGAUCGGCUCAGUGAAAGUCAGGGCCGUGCUGACUCCCCUCCUGUACAGGGAGAUGUAAUCCUGCAGGAGGACAAGACUCAGACACUAAAUCAAGAGAACGGCAAUGAAAAGCAUGAUCUCUCUAAAGUCGAAAUAGAAAAAUUGGUGAGGGGCAUCAAGGAGAAAGAGACUGAGAUCAGUCAGUUGAAUGAGAAGAAUCUGUCACUGGCCCGGCAGCUGGAUCAGCUGGUGGUGUCUCGCGAUGAAGUGGGAAAACUCUCCCAGAUGAUCUUGCAGAAAGACUUGGAGAUCCAGGCGCUUCAUGCCAGAGUCACCAUGGGUGGAGGUGGACACAGCCAGGAUGUGUUGUUCCUGCAGCAGCAGCUUCAGGCAUACGCUGUGGAAAGAGAACAAGUGCUGGCUGUACUUAAUGAGAAGACCAGAGAGAACAGCCAGCUUCGCUCCGACUAUCACCGUCUAAUGGAUAUCAUGGCAGGGAAGGAGGCAGCACUGUUAAAGCUUCAACAGGAGAACCAGCGCUUAUCCAACAUGAAUGAUCCGUCAGGAAGCCAAGAGAUGUUCAAGGAGACAAUCCAGAACUUGUCCCGCAUCAUCAGGGAGAAGGACAUAGAGAUUGAUGCUCUGACCCAGAAGUGCCAAACCCUUGUGACUGUCCUGCAGUCCUCAGGAGGAGAGUCUGGUCCUGGAUCUGGAGGCGUCAGCAGCAACCAGUUUGAGGAGCUGCUGCAGGAGAGGGACACACUGAAACAGCAGGUGAAGAAGAUGGAGGAGUGGAAGCAGCAGGUGAUCACAACAGUGAAGAACAUGCAGCAUGAGUCGGCCCAGCUGCAGGAGGAGCUGAUCAAACUGCAGAGUCAGGUCUCUGCUGACAGCGACUGCAGCUCCAAGCUGUCGGUAGACUAUACACGGUUGAUCCAGAGCUAUGAGCAGAAGGAGAGAAGACUGGGCAACCUGAGUCAAGAACUUGCUCAGGUUCAGCAGACCAUCUCUCAGCUCAGCACCACCAAAGACGUUCUGUUGGGUAAACUGGACAGUGUGGCACAGACCCCUGAAGUCUUUACUGCUCAGUCUAGUGAGCCUUUACUCACAGCUGAGCCUAAAAGCCACCUGAUGGCCUCACCAAACAGCGAGACUCUAACACAAGAUCUAGCAUCACUACAAACUCAGCUUGUUGAAAAGGAAAAUAUUAUUAGGACACUACAGGAGAACAACCACCGGCUCUCCAACUCCGCAUCUGCAUCAGAGAGUGAGCAGAGGAGUCAAGCAGAGGAGGUUCGCCAGGUCAGAGAGCGACUGGACACCCUGCAGAGAUCAAUAAGGGAGAAAGACUUACUCAUCAAAACUAAAGGAGACCAACUCAUUCAGAUCAGUGAGACACUGCGUAAUCGUGAGAAUGACAAUGAGGUUCUGAAACAGGCAGUGACCAACCUGAAAGAGCGUGCACUAAUUCUGGAGAUGGACGUUAAGAAGCUGAAGGAAGAGAAUGAGGUGGUUGCUGCCCGCUCUCGGGAGAAAGAGUCAGAGUUCAGAGCGCUGCAGGAAACCAACAUGCAGGUUUCUCUCCUGCUCAGGGAGAAAGAGUUUGAGCUGCAUGCAAUGAGUGAGAAGGCUGCAACUGUGGAGAGGAUGCUUAAGGACAAGGAGCAGGGUAAGUCUGGUGAAUUGAAUCAGCUCCUGAAUGAAAUCAAGUCCAUGCAGGAGAAAGCUGUGGCCUUCCAGCAAGAGAGAGACCAGGUGAUGAUGGCACUCAAACAGAAACAGAUGGAAACCACAGCAGUGCAGACUGAGCUGCAGCAUGUGAGGGAUAAAGAGCAACGUCUCAACUUGGAGUUGGAAAGGUUACGUAAUCACCUGUUGGAAAUUGAGGAUUCAUACACAAGAGAAGCCAUCGCUGCCCAGGACAGAGAAACUGAACUACGCAGAAGGGUGGCAAUGCUAGAUGAAAAACUGGCCACCUCCUCAAGUGCAGUGGAGAAUGCUAGCCAACAGGCAACCAUGCAGGUGGAGUCUCUCCAGGAACAGCUCAGUGGUGUGGUGAGGCAGAGGGACGAUGCACUCACAAAUCUUCGGACCUCCCAGGAGCAGGUCAACCAGUAUGCAGUGUCACUUUCUAACCUGCAGAUGGUGCUAGAGCAGUUCCAACAAGAAGAGAAAGCGAUGUACUCCACAGAGCUGGAGAAGCUCACAAAAGAGAAGGAGGAGUGGAAAAGAAAAGCUCAGAGGCUGGAAGACCAAGCAUCUGCACUCCAGAUGAACCUCGAUGAAGCCAAUGCUGCUUUAGAUUCAGCGUCUCGCCUCACCGAUCAGCUCGACCUGAAGGAGGAGCAACUUGAAGAACUUAAAACGCAAGUGGAUGUGCGACAGGAGAUGUUGGAGGAGGCGCAGAAGAAAUUAAUGAACCUUCUGAACAGCACAGAGGGAAAGAUCGACAAAGUCCUGAUGCGAAACCUGUUCUUGGGUUAUUUCCACACACCUAAAACUAAGCGUGGUGAUGUGCUGAGGCUCAUGGGAAGUGUUCUUGGACUGAGUCGAGAAGAUGUUGAUAAGAUGUUGGAGGAAGAUGGACGGCAUGGUGUAACUGGGUGGGUCUCAACCUGGCUGGGAGGCCGAGGAGCACAAAGUGUCCCAAACACUCCUCAGAGACCCACCACUGGCCAAGGACUGAACUCGUCUUUUUCUGAGAUGUUUGUUAAGUUCUUGGAGAUGGAGUCGACCCCUUCACUACCUGCACCAAGACUUCCAGUCCAUGACAUCAAGCCCUUAAGUGCACCGCCUUCGAGAAAAACUAGCACAGCUGCUUCCAGCACAGCUGCAGGAUCUGGAGCAGCUGCUGGUAGACGACCCGGCGAGUCCAACCCUUUCCUGGCCCCUCGCUCUGCCGCUGUGCCUCUGCUGACUGGUUCUGGAUCUGGAUCCAGCGGCUCAGGGGGUCACCUGCUCAUGAAGCCCAUCUCCGACGCUCUGCCCACCUUCACACCUGUGCCAGUCUCUGCUGAGGCCAGUGCUGGCGCUGUGCUCAAAGACUUAUUAAAGCAGUGAUCAGGCCUGUACCCAGUGCCACACAUAGGUCUUCAUUCAUCCAGCAGGAGUUUGACAUAACAUGAGCUCCUCUGGGAAUCCUCUUCUAAUAUAAAUGUCAUUAAGGCGUUUUAUACCCUUUUUCUGGAGGGAAACAAAACACAUUUUUUUGUUUUUGAGACUUUGUUUCACUUGCAGUUACUGUUCUAUGCAACAGACUCUCCCUUUAGUGGUGAAAAUCUUUCAUUAGCACAUUUUGUUGUAUAGUUUUCACCUAUGAUCAGUCAGUCCACAUUAAACAGGAGGAUGAUGUUAAAUCAGUGGUGCAGUGGGAACAGAACUGCCAAUAUAUAUAUAUAUAUAAAUCUUUAAAACACCUGUCCACUUGAUUAGGCUUGACCUCAAAGAAUGGAUUUUUUUUUUUUUGUACUCAUUGUAAUCACUUUUUUUUUUCAAGAGGAAAUGCCUCAUUCCUGUCAGUUCCUUUAAAUUGCAUUGACGCCUUUAUUUUCUCCUCUUUUUUUGUACUUUUUUUUUUUUCUUUUCAGCAAUGCAGUGAACUGUUUUUGAUCCAGGACUUGCCUAAAACUCUGGCAGCAGUAGCCUGCUUAGAGAUUUAUGUGGUUCACUACAUCUGUUAAAACCAUAAAGACAUUUUUGCUAAAUCUUGUCCUUUCCAGACAGCCUGACUGUGAUAUGCAACAAGCAUUGCAAUUAUGGCUGCAACUGUGGUUGAUCGGAGACUGUUGUUGAAGUAGAGAACUAUUAUAUAGUUUUAUAUAUAUAAAUAUAUAAAAUGGGUGGCUUUUUUUCUAUUUAUAGGCACUAUGGAAAUACUGGAAUUAAAGUGCCUGCACUUUUUCUAAUUAGAUAGUUGUGUAAUCAGAACUGUAAAUGGUUAGUAUAAAUACAUAUAUAUUUACAAAAUGUAAAAACUGCACAUUUAAAAAGUUUUACCGGACCAGAGCUGGCCAAUAUUAACUUAAGCUGCUCUACUUUUUUGUAUAGACUUCAAUCUGCCACUGCAGAAGAAUGUUACAGGGCUUCUCAAGGUGUAUUGAUUAAAGUGUAUAAACUGUAAAUCCUAAGCAAAAAGGAGUUUUUGUAGAUGUAAAAUCAGAACUUUAAAGGUGUGAAAAACGGAGCUGGUUUAUUUGAGCUUGUAUGAUCCUUAACCCAGGUUGGUACCUGUUCCUUAAUGGGAGUUUUAAAUCAAAUAAAGGUACUUCUGACCCCUGGA